CAUUCCUCAGUAUCUCAGGAUGGAGCUCCGUUUGAUGAUCUUGCUUAUUUCACUGAUACGAGUUGGACAAGCUCAAGUUAAACCAGUUCUGUCUGUGCAGCCGAAUUCAUCCCAAAUAUUCAGAGGAGAGGAAGUUACACUCACAUGUACUAUUCUCGGAAGAAGUAUAAUGUAUUACUGGUUAAGAGAUGAUGUAUAUACUCACAGCUCUAAUGAAAAUGUUUACACUAUAAAAAUACAUCAGAGACACAGAUACACUUGUUUAGGGUCCAUUGUUGCAUGGUCAGUGACACCACUGAGUAAUGAAGUGACUCUCUCAGUGAUAGAGAGACCAAAAGCUGUUGUGACUCUGCAGCCUGAUGGACAGAUAUUCAAUGGAGAGAAAGUAAUGUUCGUAUGUGAAAUACAAGAACAUUCAGACUCUGAGUGGACGUACAACUGGUAUAAAGAUGAUGUUCAGAUUUUCCCCUACAAUGAAAGCAGAAACUAUUCAUUCACUGCUUUAGAGUCUGUCAGUGGUAAAUACACCUGCAGAGGACAGAGAAAAAGUGACUCUCAGAGCUCAGAGACCAGCAACGCUGUUACACUCACUGUGUCAGAAAAACCUAAACCUGAACUCACAUCAGACCUUAAAGGAGCUGCACUGACAGGAAACUCAGUGACUCUGUACUGUACACUGAAGCUGCAGUCUGCUGGAUGGAAGUUUUACUGGAGCAAAGACACACAGAGACGUGACACUGAGACUGAAACACACUCCUACACCAUCAGAUCAGUUAGAGUCUCUGAUGGAGGUCAGUACAGGUGCAGAGCUGGAAGAGGAAACCCAGUCUACUACACACACUACAGUGAUGCACUCUGGGUAAAUGUUACUGGUGAAUCUCCUCCAGUGUCUCUGAUCAUCAAUCCAAGCAGAACUCAACACUUUACUGCUGAUUCUAUCUCACUGAGCUGUGAGAACCACAGAGACUUUACUGGAUGGACAGUGAGAGGAUAUACAUGCAAUGAGACAUGGUUUGAUUGUUUGUCAGUUUCAGGAUCUACAUGUAACAUCAGCUCCCUCUCUCCAUCACACACUGGAGUUUACUGGUGUCAGUCUGAAUCUGGAGAAUGCAGUAAUCCUGUCAACAUCACAGUACACAAUGGUGAUGUGAUCCUGGACAGUCCUGUCCAUCCUUUAACUGAGGGACGUCCUCUGACUUUGCACUGUUUAUAUCGCAACACAAAGAUCUCAGACUCUGGUGUAGAUUUUUAUAAAGAUGAUUUGAUCGUCCAGAAUCAGACUACAGGAGAGAUGAUCUUCAGUAGUGUCUCAAAGUCAGAUGAAGGUUUCUAUCACUGUAAACAUCCAGAGAGAGGAGAGUCACCAAAAAGCUGGAUUUCAGUCAGAGAUUCAGAAGCUCCAGUAUCAGUGUUCAGGCUGAUGAGCAGUCUGAUGACGGUUUCCGUGUAUCUGCUGCUCACCAUCGUUGUGGCAGUGAAAUGUUACAGAGCUCGAGUUCAGACUGAUGAUGACAACAUCCAGAAUACAUGUUCAGAGAACUCUAACAGUGACUAUGAAAAACCUAAACCUGAACUCACAUCGGACCUUAAAGAAGCUGCACUGACAGGAAACUCAGUGACUCUGUACUGUACACUGAAGCUGCAGUCUGCUGGAUGGAAGUUUUACUGGAGCAAAGAUACACAGAGCCGUGAGACUGAGACUGAAACACACUCCUACACCAUCAGAUCAGUUAGUGUCUCUGAUGGAGAAAAACCUAAACCUGAACUCACAUCGGACCUUAAAGAAGCUGCACUGACAGGAAACUCAGUGACUCUGUACUGUACACUGAAGCUGCAGUCUGCUGGAUGGAAGUUUUACUGGAGCAAAGAUACACAGAGCCGUGAGACUGAGACUGAAACACACUCCUACACCAUCAGAUCAGUUAAUGUCUCUGAUGGAGUAUCAGAUGCAGCAGAGGCAGUCGUGAGUGUGUCUCCACAGAGUUGGCUGACUGAAGGAGACUCAGUUACUCUAAACUGUGAGAUUAAAUCCUCCUCUACAGACUGGACAUUCAGCUGGUACACAGAUGUUCUCUACAGAGACAGUCAGGGUUCCUACAAGCACAGACCAGAGCUUCUCUCAAACAGCAGCAGAGGAUCUGGAGGUUCCUACACACUCAGUCCUGUUACUCUGAACCACACAGGAGUUUAUAUGUGCAGAGCAGUGAGAGGAGAACAAGUCUAUUACUCACAGUACAGCAAAGAUCAGCCACUGUGGAUCACUGGUGAAUCUCGUUCAGUGUCUCUGAUCAUCAAUCCCAGCAGAUCUCAACACUUUAUUUCUGACUCUCUGUCACUGCGCUGUGAGAACCAGAGAGACUCUACUGAAUGGGCAGUGAGAGGAUACAUGAACAAUGGGGUGUUUUUUGGUUGUUCAUCAGUUUCAGCAUGUAACAUCAGCUCCCUCUUUCAAUCACACACUGGAGUUUACUGGUGUCAGUCUGAAUCUGGAGAACGCAGUAAUCCUGUCAACAUCACAGUACACAAUGGUGAUGUGAUCCUGGACAGCCCUGUCCAUCCUGUAAAUGAGGGAAAUCCUCUGACUUUACACUGUUUAUAUCUCAACACAAAGAUCUCAGACUCUGGCUUUGAUUUCUAUAAAAAUGAUUCAGUUCUCCUGGAACAGACUACAGGACUGAUGACCAUCAGCAGUGUGUCAAAGUCAGAUGAAGGUUUCUACUACUGUACACACCCAGAGAGAGGAGAGUCACCGAAAAGCUGGAUUUCAGUCAGAUUAAGUCAGUCAUUUGCGAAAACUGGACUAGUGUUUAGGCUAAUCAGCAGUCUAGUGACGAUCUCUGUGUAUCUACUGCUGACCGUCACUUUGGCAGUGAAAUGUUACAGAGCUCGAGUUCAGACUGAUAGAGAAAACACCAAGAAUGCUGUUAUAGAGGAGGUUCAACUAUGAAAAACUGGAUAUAUAUUAACUCCAUUUUGUGUAAUAAUUUUUUCCCUUUAGUUGUGAGAUAAUAUUGAUUUGUUGGAUUAAGUUAUUAAGUAUUUAUUGGAUCUUCGUGCUUUUCCAAAACCCACACACUUACCCAGCGGGUCCUGGUAGAAGUAAAUGCAACAUGUGAAGCUGAAGUGAAGUGUGCAAUAAAGUAAACU